AUGGUCAUCUUCGUGAUUGCCGGUAUUGCAAGCUGCAAGGAUUAUGCACACAUCUCGUACGUGUGUCGAUACCUCGAGAAGAAAUUACCUGACUUCCAUAUAAACCGACAAGAAUUCGAAUUAAACGAUUGGAAGGUUUGGCUCAGGAAAAUAAACCGCACAAGUAACUGGCAACACAAUUCAUCCCCGUUGGUGUACAAAGAAUUGCUGUACUAUGGAGGAAUGCGUUACUACGUUGGAGGUAUCAGCGAGUUCUGGGAGUACUGCUUCGACUAUUACGGCUUAGAAUCGUACCUUUCCGCUGAAGAACUAGCAGAUCUGGCGAAAGAUAAUUACGAGGUGUUUGUUUUUAUGAACUUCUUAGCCCAAAAGAUAGAUGAGAUCAAAGGUCCAGACGCGACGACCAACAUUACGUUCUACGGAUACGACGACAUCGUCGAUGUUCUCGUCCCUGAGUUAUUCAAAAUCGAGGAGCUGACCAGCAAGAAGCCUUUGCGCAUGAACUUCUACGACAACGAAGACAACGAUUUUGCCGAAGCCUUGGAUUUCAUAAAGAAUGAUUACAAUUGCAGUGGUUGUUUGGUCGAGACCAUCGGAGAUGCCAUCAAAGAUUGUGACAUCCUCUUCAUUCUCGAGAAUAUGACUGAAAUGGAGCGACAUAAGCCGGAGGUGAUUCUUAUUAGGAUAAACCAAUUGGCCGAGACGAUUUCGAGGAUAGGUAAGAGGUCGAUCAAAGUGAUCUUCGCCAAUUACGGUCCUACUUGCUUCGCCGCGACUUUGCUCAGCGAUAGCUGUCACAUCCGAAUUCCGAAUAUCGUCGUCGUAGCAAGUGAUAUUGGUUUGGGUGUUUUGAGCCAAAUAUCCGAAGAGUGCAAGAUCUCAAUGGAUAAGCUGCAAGGACCUCCAGUCUGGGGUUACUUAGACAACAAUCAGUUCGUCGAUUUGGAGUUUUGCCUGAAGAAGUGCGAUGUUUACAAGCCUUUCGAGAGGGCCAUCAGAAGCACAGAGAACUCCACGUUGCAGAUGGGCACCAUCGCCACCGAAAUGAGGUUCAUCAACUACCUAAUUGACGAUCCAGACGAUAUCUGCAACUCUGCUUUCAUACGAAAAGAGAGUUUAUUCUUUAAGUUGGAUCGUCCCUCGAUCUUCGCCAAGGUCUCAGCAACCGUCAACCUUCUGAAGAUCUGGUACGGCAAUAAAUACUCGAACGAGGUCAUCUCUUUGGGCGUCAAGUCGAACGAAUCUUUCAAAAUAUCGCGAGGCCUCAUCUUCGCUCAGCCCGCCGUCCUGGAAAAGGGAACUUGGACACCUUACGCAAAGUACCCGGUCCGUGAUCAGUGCCAGGAAAUCAUCACCAGGAUGGUGAAAGCGGCCAGUAACUUUGUUAACAAUUUUUACUCGCGUUUGCCCGACAGAACCGCAAUUGAAGAAUCCUGUUAAUAUUAUUUUACAUAUAUAUUUUAAUUCAAAGUUUUAAUCUAAAAAUAUACACAAUUAUUAUAUUUUUCUAGUCCUUGAGGUUUUUAAACCUCUAAAUUUACCUUUAAUUCAGUUUUCUUUUAAAGCAGACUUUAUAAAGUUUAACAAGUGUUGGGGAUAGUAUCUGUUGUGCUUUUUAAUAUUUAGAUCCUUUGAUUUCUUGAGGCGGAGAUGCAAAUUAGAUAUUUGGCCAAAGACGCAAGUUUUCCCUACUGCAGCCCUGAUUUGAAUGAAACUCUGGUCUUUGUCAAUAGUCAGUUUAUUGUUUUCCUAAUUAACAUUUGAAAUUGAAACUUUUCUUACAAAUAUUUUUGAAUAUGGAUUUGUUAUAAAUAGAGUUUCUGUUCUGUUCUGAUUCCUCCACUCUAUAAUAGAGUGGAGGUGUGCACUUAGCUCACACCUCACAGUGUAUGUAGCCAGUAAAUGUCUAGUACAAA